CAGGGUGCAGAUAUCCCGCCUCGAUCAAAGACGAAGGGAGGUGCAAGACGAGCGACCGCGGAAGGGAGGAUCGUGAUCGUCUGCUGCUGACCAAAGAGGGCAGCCACCUCUCACCAUUCACUUGUCAGUAGGUCAGUCCGUUGGCACGUCUCGUGAAGUAUUUAUCCUUGUCUUUGUAGUGCUUGACCCUUUCCUCCCACCCUUCUCCAAGAGUACAGGUGUCAGGAGCAGUCUUCACACCGCCCAGGAUGUCAUCAAAGCAUAUCCUCUUCUUUGGGGACGAGGUGGUGUCGCCCUUACCUGCUAUCCAGAAUUUGUAUCGUCAAGCCAGAUCAUCCAUCACUAUUCAACGCUUCCUGUUCGAAGCCGCAAGAGUAGUCAAGCUGGAAGUUGGCAAACUCCAAGCGGAACAGCGUGAACGUUGGCCCGAUUUCGACACGAUCAUUGAUCUUGCGGAGAAAUGGGCACGGGAAGAGCUGCCCGGAGGGGCAGUAAACAUGACGCUGGUCUGCAUAUGCCGUCUGGGAGAGCUCCUGAUGUAUGCCCUCUUGGAACCAGAGCUGUUGGCGACCAACAGGAAAGAGGUCCACAUGCUGGGCCUGUGUACGGGGUUGUUGCCGGCAGCCGCAGCAUCAGUCGCUCGCAGUGCAGCAGAGCUGUUUGACCUGUCUCUGAUCAUCCUUGCACUGAUCGUGCGCUGCGCGGCUCAAAUCUCACAGCGUUCGAGGAGCAUUGAGGAUGCGCCACGGACAAGCACCUGGGGUUACCUCGUUACUUCCAUGCCUGCUGACAGACAACAAGAACUGAUCGAAAAGUUCCAUGCAGAUCAGCGUAUACCUGGACAUCGCUCAGCAUACCUCAGCGUGAUCGCUGAUCCAUGGACCACACUCACUGGCCCUCCAUCGACACUGCAGCAUAUGUUCGCAAGCUGCCCAGAGCUAGCUGCGGCACCUCAUUUGUCACUUCCAAUCGAGGCUGCUGUUCAUGCGCCUCAUCUCCCAGCAUUGGAUUUUGACUUCAUCAUCGGCUCGUCGGCUUUUCAUGAUCGACAACCUUCGCCUAAUGCCACCAUUAUAAGCACUUCUUCUUUGGAGCCUUACGAAUGUCAAACUCUGAGAGAUUUGCUACACCAGAUGCUCGUAGACAUAUCUCAAAACACAUUGCAAGUCAGCAGCGCCAUGCAAACAGCUUUGACUUUGUCAGAGAAAGCCCGCAUCGAUAUAACAAUAAUCGGCCCUACCACGCAGACAGCCUUGCUCAAAAAGCUGACGGACACGACUGGAGCGGUCUACAGCAUACGUGAGGCAGCGGAACUAGCCAAAGCCCUCCCCAGUGACCGUCCUGGUUGCCAGGACAUUGCCAUUAUAGGAUAUUCCGGAAGAUUUCCCGGAGGUGAAGACAUGGAGGAACUCUGGAACACGAUCCACGAAGCAAAAGAUCUCCAUACUGAGAUUCCAAGUUCUCGUUUCGACCUGAACGAGUACUAUGACCCAUCCGGGUCGAAGAAGAACUCGAUUUCCACCAAAUAUGGUUGCUUUCUAAAGAACCCCGGAGAAUUCGACUGUCGUCUGUUCAAUCUGUCACCCCGGGAAGCCCUUCAGAUGGACCCAAUGCAACGGCUCUUCCUGAUGGCGACCUAUGAAGCCCUGGAAAAGGCUGGUCAGGCACCAUAUGGCGAGCUACCGCAAGGAGGUCGACGGGUCGCAGCUUUCUUCGGUCAGACUGCGGAUGAUCAAAAAGAAAUCAACAACAACGAGGGAACUGACAUCUACUACGUGCCCGGAGUCGCACGAGCAUUCUUCCCCGGUCGGAUCAACCAUCACUUCAAGUGGACCGGCCCAUCCUUCAGCGUCGACUCAGCGUGUGCUUCAAGCUGCUCAGCUGUGCUUCUGGCAUCGUCCGAGUUGAAUGCCGGUACCUGUGACAUGGCAGUCGUUGGUGGCGGUUCCAUCCUAUCCUCACCACGACCGUACUCUGGCCUGAGCAAAGGUGGCUUCCUGUCCUCCACUGGUGGUUGCAAGACGUUCCAUGCCGAUGCAGACGGUUAUUGCCGUGGUGAGGGCAUCGGGGUCGUUGUCCUAAAGCGCCUAGAGGAUGCUCAGCAAAGCAACGACAACAUUUGCGCUGUCAUUCGAGCAGGUGCCAGAAACGCCAACGCUGGCGCCGUGUCCAUCACUCACCCCGACUCAGGGGCCCAGGAGCGCUUGUACCGCCAGAUCUUGCAGCAAGGAUGUCUGCAACCAAACGACAUCUCUUAUGUAGAGUUUCACGGCACGGCCACACAAGCCGGGGAUACUGCAGAAAUGACCUCCGUUGCUAAUGUAUUGGGAAAGGAUCGAUCGAGUGGACUACCACCUUUGUAUGUUGGGUCGAUGAAAGCAAACUUGGGCCAUGGCGAAGCAGCCGCAGGUGUGACCGCACUCAUCAAGUGUUGCCUCAUGCUUCAAAAGGAUGAAAUCCCUCCCCAAGUCGGCAUGCCAGCCAGAUUGAACGCCAACUAUCCACAAUUGGAAAAGUUGAACAUCCAAAUUCCGCAUGAGUCUGUGGCCUUCGACGCCAGCGCCACGAGUGACGGCGUACGCAGAAUCUUGCUGAACAACUUCGAUGCGGCGGGUGGCAAUGCAAGUCUGCUCAUUGAGGAUGCACCAGCGAGGCCAGGUAAAGAACAAGAUCCUCGUCGACAUCAUAUCGUCACGCUUUCCGCCCGGAGCAGCGUCGCCUUGGAAAAGGCGAAGCAGCGGCUUGUUGCAUUCUUAUCAGAGAAUGUCGUGAGCAUUGCUGAUGUGGCGUACACGACCACAGUACGCCGAGGCCACGAUCUGUUCCGAAGUGCAUAUGUCAGUUCUUCUGCCGACGACUUGCUUGAGCUCGUCAAGGCGGACAGUGCUGCCGAGACCAAGCGCAUCGGUGACAAGGUCAGAACAGUAUUCCUUUUCACAGGACAAGGCUCACAAUACCCCGGUAUGGGGAAGAAUUUGUUCCGACUGUGUCGCACUUUCCGCGAAUACAUUCUAGCAUGCCAGACACAGGCUGUGUUCCUAGGGUUUCCUCCUUUUGUUGACCUGAUUGCCGACGACUCGACCAACACCAAUUCCAGAUCAUCCGUGGAAAUCCAGCUUGCCAUUGUGUCGCUCGAGAUUGCUCUAGCAAAGACCUGGAAGUCAUGGGGCAUUUCACCUGCUGUCGUGGUGGGCCAUAGCCUCGGCGAGUACGCUGCGCUGUGCGUCGCCGGCGUGUUGUCGUUGAGCGACACGCUUUACCUUGUCGGACACCGUGCCACUCUGGUCGAAAAGCAUUGCUCUAGCGGGACUUACGGAAUGCUAUCAGUCAGGCUGGGAGUCGCCGAGCUUGAAGGCAGGUUGGCCACCAGCUCCGCGGCUUGCGAGAUAUCUUGCAUCAACAGUCCUGCUAGUACGGUGGUCAGUGGGCCGUUGAAAACUAUCAAAGCCUUCAGCGAGGAUUGUGAUAGGGCUGGAAUCAAGGCUGAUCUGCUGAAGAAUGCCUAUGGAUUCCACUCUGCUCAAAUGGACGCCAUCUUGAGAGAAUUCGAGACCAUCGCCGCCAGCGUUGUCUUCAACAAGCCGUUGAUACCUGUCGCAUCGACACUUGAGGGCAAAAUUGUGCUAGAUGCGGGCACGUUCUCGAGCGGUUACAUGGUUAGGCAAAUGCGACAGCCUGUAAAUUUCCUGGCUGCAAUCAAUGCUUGUCAGAAUGCCGAGCUACUCGGCACAGAGGCUCUGUGGCUCGAGGUUGGUCCCAGCCCUGUCUGCCUCGGGCUGGCAUCUGCCUGCGUGGACAUAUCGUCGUCGCAACGCAUGGUUUCCCUCAAGCCUCGAGAGGACAACUUCAAAACCAUUUCCACAUCGUUGCGUACAGCAUACACUCGUGGUAUCGACAUUGAUUGGAAAGCCUUCCACGGGGACCAUGCCGAGACUCUCAGUCUCCUGAGUCUUCCCACAUAUGCCUUCGAUGUCAAAGAUUACUGGACACCAUUCAAGGAACCGGUACUGACGUUGGUGGACGAGGACCAAGGCCGUGACGGUUCGAGUAACCAAAGCAUCAAGAUUCAAGGCUUUCCCACAACGACGCUUCAGCGUGUAGAAACAGAAACCCUGUCGGCGACCAGUUUGGCUGUUGAGUUUGCGUCUAGGGUAGCCGAGCCGAAUUUGCUUGCUGUGGUGCAAGGGCAUGUCGUGAAUGGAAAGGCAAUCUGUCCAAGCAGUGUAUUCGCCGACAUGGCGUAUACGGCUGGAAGAUAUAUUCACCAAAAGCUACAUCCAGGGACGUCCAUCCCUCCGAUGUCAAUGGAAGACCUUACCGUCACCCAGGCACUGACAUUGGCUGGGUCAGGAGCAGACCAGACCAUCCGGGUCAGUGCGGUGGCCUCCGCGGAGGCCAACUGGACUGUCACAAUCACUUUCCAUUCCCAGAACAAAAGGCAGUCACAAGAUCACGGUGGCUGUGUCAUCCGAUAUGGCGAUGCGGCUGAAUGGCUGGAGUCCUGGAACGAUACUGCCUAUCUCGUCCGCAGCCGCAUCGAGUCGAUCAGAGAUUCGGCACGGACAGGCAAGGCCCAAAGACUCUCGCGACGAUAUGUGUACAAGCUCUUUAACAACAUCGUCACUUACAGCGACCAGUAUCAAGGCAUGAGCGAAGUCAUUCUGGGUCCUGAAGAUGAAGGUGUUGCGGUAGUCAACUUCAACCCCGUUCCAAACGGAGCCAAGUUUACUUGUGCUCCGUACUGGAUUGACCCCUUGGCUCAGUUGGCGGGUUUCUUGCUCAACGGAAGCGUGGACACUCCUGAUGACAUUGCAUACUUCUCUGCCGGUGUGAAAAGUAUGCGAAUGGUAGGAGAGCUUUCGGAGAAGAAAACGUACCUCAGUUACGUUCGCAUGAGACAAUCUCGUCACAAGGGCAUUCUGACUGGUGAUGUCUACAUCUUCGACGACGACAACAUAGUAGGCGUUCUGGGUGGAGUCAUGUUCCAGAGAAUGCCAAAGAGGAUCUUGCACUCUCUUCUCUUCGGCCACUCUCACGACACUCCGAAACCUGUCAUUCAUACGCAGGGCAAAGCCUUCCCGACAUCCUCUUCGCCGUCCGAAGAAGACACCUCGCCUGACUCCUACUACAAUUCCUCCGGUACCGUCACGACUAGUGUGGCUACUCCGUGGUCGUCGGACUCGGAAGUACCAGUGUCUUCGGCUGCCACUUCAGAUGUUGGCGCCUUGGAUGUGGAGAGCAUUUUCACUCUGGCUCUCGAGACUAUAGCCCGAGAGACCGGAUACCCUGUGGAGGACAUGCAGGAAGACACUGUUUUCGAGGACAUGGGUGUUGAUUCUUUGAUGAGUGUGGCCAUCAUCGACGCCAUCAAGAAGAGCACCAACAUCUCUGUCCCUGCCGCAUUCUUCACGGUGCACCGAACGGUUGGGGCGAUGAGAAAAGCAUUGUCCGAGAUGGUAGAGCCGAUACCCUUGGAGGAACCCACAGUGUCGAAGCCAGAUCAAGGCGACCUCAAGCCAACCAAGACCCCUGCGCCUGCCGAAAAUAAGCAUGAUAAUCCGCCAUUUUCGGUGUCGAGCGUCGCACAACCCGAACCACGCUCUACAAUUCCUUCCCGGAGACCUGAAACAGUGGCAGAGCCACAGCGACAAAUGCCGGCGACAGAGAAAGCGGCACCAAAAGCAGAAGUUGUUCCAGCAGCAAAGAAGUACUCCAGCAAUGUAGUCUUGCUCCAAGGCCGGCCAUCAUCAGGACAGACCCCAUUGUUCCUCCUUGUCGACGGCGCCGGCAGUAGCACGGCUUAUCUGCAUUUACCCUUCUUCCCCACCAAGCUUCCCGUCUACGCUCUUGAGUCACCGUUCCUUCACUGUCCAAUAGAAUACACCAUUUCAAUCCACGAAAUCGCGCAGCUUUUUGUCGAAGCCAUCCGGAAGACGCAGUCUAAAGGCCCUUAUAUGCUUGGGGGUUGGUCAGCUGGCUCCGCAUACGCAUAUGAAGCCGCACGCAUCUUGAUCGAUGGGGGCGAAACAGUCCUCGGUCUGAUACUCCUGGACAUGCGUGUGCCAAGACCAAUGCCCGAUGGUCUGGAGCUGACAAUGGAUAUUCUGGACCAGGUCGGGUUGACGGCGGGCAUCAAGCGGGCCGGAAAGGCCUUUGGAGCCAUAUCAGACAUGCUGAGGCAACAUUUGCUCAGCACCGUGAAGCAGCUCAUGGUGUACAAUGCUCAGCCGAUGCCUGAGGGCAAAAGACCGCUAAAAACGGUGAUAAUAUGGGCAAAGAAAGGCAUGAUCGACGUGAUCAAAGAGCAAGGCCUGGAGAUUCCAGAGUGGGCACAGGAAAUCGAGGAAAUGGACGGAAACGUUAUGGAAGACGAGGGACUCGGUCUGGUCGGUUGGUUCUAUGGAAAGAGAACCGAUUUCGGGCCCAACGGAUGGGACAAACUCCUGGGUGAUGUCGAGACUCAUGUCGUGGAAGGCGCAGAUCAUUUCAGUUUGGUGAGUCCGCCCAUUGUCCGCGAGACCGCCAGAAUCAUGCAGGAGGCAGUCGCAGCUUUCACAAGCAAAGCGUAAACAGAUUUUGAGCUAUUCAGAGAGGUUGGAUGUUGAGACAAGCAAGAUUGUGGUUAUAGUUAUUAGGCAUCGUAGUGGUGGUGGUGGGUAGAGAUCAAGUUGGUGGCUAUCAAAAUGGCAUUUUGCUAUGAAAACG